CAUGUUAAAGUUGUUGCAACUUUGACUAAUACAAAUCCUUAUAAUCGUCAAUGAAUCAAGGGUGAUAUAAACAUGAGGGUAAUAAUAUGAAUGAAUACCUUGGAUCUUAAACUACACCUCAAAAUUGAAGUGCAACUCAUCAAACUCAUGAAGUUUCUUUAUCUUUACAUUCUCUUAUGUAUGUUACCUUACUCAAUCAACUGCCAACAGAUAUUACUUAACACCACUGUCACUGAUUGCUCAGGCACCCCUUCAGCACCAAAAGGAUACCUAUGCAAUAGUCCUCAAAACUCAUGCAAUUCAUUCUUAACUUUCAGGUCAAAACCUUCUUAUGACAACCCUACAAGUAUUGCUUACCUUCUUGGCUCAGAAGCAUCGACCAUAGCCUCAAUCAACAACAUCUCAAGAAAUGAAAAACUUCCAACCAAUAAAACAAUCAUUGUCCCUAUCUUGUGCUCAUGUUCUGGAAAUAUCUACCAACAUAACACUCCUUACACUGUCCAAAAAGGUGAUACAUACUUUCACUUGGUAAAUGAAACUUACCAAAGCCUCACAACAUGUCAAGCUUUGAAGGGUCAGAAUUAUUAUGCUUCUGAAAACAUUGCAAUUGGUGCCGAGGUAACAGUUCCAGUACUUUGUGCUUGUCCUACAACAACACAGAUGGCGAAAGGGAUCACUUCCUUGCUGGUUUACAUAGUGAACUAUGGUGAAACUGUUAAGUCUAUAGGAGAGGCUUAUGGUGUUGAUGAACAAAGCAUAUUAGAGGCAAAUGAGUUGCAACCAAGUGAAAACAGAAGUGUGAUUCUCUUUGCGUUGACACCGAUAUUACUUCCUCUUAGAGGCAAGAGCUGCAAAGAGGAUCCUGAUAGUUUCUACUGUACUUGUUCUCAGGGAAGGCUAGCAGAUGGAAGUUGUAAUGAAUCCCAUGGUCAAAAGUUUCCUGCCAAGUUGGUUGCUGCAUUAGGUGUUGGUAUUGGUGCAGGCUUUCUGGUAUUGUUUCUGCUUAGUUACAGGUUAUAUCAAUACAUAAAGAAAAAGAGAGCGAGUAUUCGUAAGGAAAAGUUAUUCAGGCAAAACGGUGGUUACUUGUUACAAGAGAAGUUAUCAUCAUAUGGAAAUGGAGAAAUGGCAAAGCUUUUUACAGCAGAGGAGCUCCAAAGAGCAACAGAUGACUACAACCAAAGUAGGUUUCUUGGUCAAGGCGGCUAUGGCACAGUGUACAAAGGAAUGCUACCAGAUGGAACCAUAGUCGCAGUUAAAAAGUCAAAACACCUUGACAGAAACCAAAUAGAAACGUUUGUCAACGAAGUAGUCAUCUUAUCUCAGAUCAACCACAGGAACAUUGUCAAACUUUUAGGUUGUUGUCUUGAGACAGAAACUCCAUUACUUGUCUAUGAAUACAUUCACAGCGGAACUCUUUCCCAACAUAUCCAUGGGAAAGACCGUGAUUCAUCCCUUUCAUGGGAAAGUCGCCUUAGAAUUGCAUGUGAGGUUGCCGGAGCAGUGACAUAUAUGCAUUUCUCAGCUUCUAUUCCAAUCUUCCAUAGAGACAUAAAACCAAGUAACAUACUCCUAGACAAUAACUAUAGUGCCAAAGUGUCUGAUUUUGGAACAUCUAGAUCAAUCCCAUUAGAUAAGACUCAUUUAACCACAGCAGUAGGAGGUACUUUUGGGUACAUGGAUCCUGAAUAUUUUCAGUCAAGUCAAUUUACAGAUAAGAGUGAUGUAUAUAGUUUCGGCGUGGUGCUUGUUGAGCUUAUAACCGGUAGAAAGCCAAUAACAUUCAAUGAUGAAGAUGAGGGUCAGAAUAUGACGGCACAUUUCAUUUCAGUGAUGAAGGAAAACCAACUUCCUCAAAUUUUAGAUAACGCAUUGGUUAAUGAAGCAAGGAAAGAUGACAUUCUAGCUAUUGCAAAUCUUGCAAUGAGAUGUUUGAGACUUAAUGGUAAGAAAAGACCAACAAUGAAAGAGGUUUCAAUGGAAUUAGAAGCACUAAGAAAGGUACAGAGUUCCUUACAUAUCAAAGAUGAUCAAGAAUCACCAAGUGAUGAACAAUCACUUAGGCAUACAACUAAUGAUACAUUUCAUGAGUCUACAGUGGAAAGCUUUUCGCUAUCCUCGCAAAUGGAGUCCACAUACUUCUAAAAUGCCAGAUUGAUACAUAUUAUUGAUUUAUUAUGCUUUCUUCUACAUUUUCAACUUAUGGACUAAGGUAUAUCCUGGAGAUGGCUGAGGAUACACAUGACAAUUUUUUUAAUUCCUUAAUCAACAAUCAACAACAUCUGAACUCUGAAGAGAUACCAAACUUCGUUCUAAUAAAAUAAUCGUUGUCCCUAUCUGUUGUUCAUAUUCAGGAAAUAUCUACCAACAUAACACCCCCUACACUGUCAAAAAAAGGUGAUUCCUAUUAUCACUUGGUAAAUGGUACUUACCAAAGAAAGCCUCACGCCAUGUCAGGCUACGAAGGGUCAGAAUUACUAUGCUUCUGUGAAAACAUUUCAAUUGAUGUUGAGCUCACAUUUGAUCAAGGAGACAGGUCAAGCUGAGGUUGGUUCCCUCCACUUUUCUUCAUGCCAUUGCACAGAACAUUUUGAACAGCUUCUUUCGCAGAGGGUUGGGACUCCUUAAGUUCUUGGUCAGCAGUUGUGGAAGCAGGAUAGAGAUAUCUAGAAUCACCAUUGAUAGAGAUUCCUGGGUAAUUCUUAUCAAGAUUCAAGAUUGUGUAUCAGAGAACUCUGGCUUGGAACUUUUGUUCCAGCCAUUUGAGUGUCCGUUUUCACUAUGUUAUCCCCGUGAAGCAGUUUCUCACCCACAUGUGUCAAACAAUUAGAAUGAAUACAUUCAUAUGUAAUUAUUUUCACUACCAACUAAUAUAUGAUUUUCGAUUAGAUUUAUAACAUGUAAAAACCCAGUCUGUUGGUUUUGAUGCAAAUAUACCAGGUUUCAGAAA